AAAUAACAGUUAUGAUAAUUACAUUGAUAUUUAUCAUGAGUAAAACUAGAGGCGAAGUCAUGGCUACGUAUAAUUUACAGGAUACUGACAAAGGAGUCUCUAUCGAAAGCCAUUCUGGUUUGGAUUCACAGCCAACUCUUGAUUGGCCUAGCCAAAGUAAUUACAGACCUUAUAAUGGUUCUUACUAUAUGGGAUUUAAUGAUGGCCAUAAUCAGUAA